UUUCUGCAGAUUGCAGAAUUUGGGGGUAAUUGCUCCGAUGCUUUCUUCUUCAUAACAACUCUUUAUCACAGACCUGAAGAAGCUUUCUCCCUCGCCGUUUCUCUUCGUAGUGAAUCCAAAAACCAACGGUUAUGCGCCAGUUCUGGUUAAUUUAUUCUGGGAUCGAACCGUCGGCUAGAGAUCUUGAAACAGAUCAUUGAACAACACACGAAAACCCGAUUGAGCUAAAUGGAAUCCGAAUCUGUCGCAGCGUCGUCUCCAAGUUCUGAUGCAACUACGUCUCAUUUUCCUAGUGUAUCUGUACUAUUAGAUGCUCUUGAGCAGUCUGCAACUACACCCAGGAUUGCAAAUGGUCUUUCACAGAGGCUGUUACGUUCGUUACAGCUUUCAAAUGAAAACAGACUUUCUUUUAAGGCAUUGAAUGGAGCUUGUCGUGUGCUCAGAUUGGCUUGUAAUCAAGCUAGGGAAAGUAGGAAGCCGGUCUCUUUAGUAGAAAGUAGUGACAGUGGAGUUGUAGUUGAUUCACCUGUUAAGAAGUCUGAUUCAACAAGUCAUACGGAGGAUUGUUGGUUUGAGUGCGUGGAAUCAUGUGUGGGGAUUUUCACAGAGUUUUUCUCGUCGGCAGAUGAUGCAAAAGUUUAUGUUUUGCGUAGCUCUGUUUGUGUUGAUUGUCUUUUUGAGCUAUUUUGGGAAAAAGCCGUAAGAAACAAUGUGAUGAAACUUAUUAUUGAUCUCAUGAAGAUCAGGCCUUCGUGUGACGAAGACAAAAGCGCAAAAUCGCAAGUGUGUUCCAAAUAUCUAGAAACUUUCACUCAAGUGAAGGAAAGAGAAAAUGAUUUUGUUGACUUAUCUGUUGAUCUAUUGGCGGGUAUGAGGGAUUUGAUCAAGAUUAAUUCGAGGUAUUACCAAGCCCUGUUCCGUGAGGGGGAGUGUUUCUUACACAUUGUCUCUCUAUUAAAUGGUAAUCUUGAUGAAGCAAAUGGAGAGAAGUUGGUUUUAAAUGUCCUUCAAACUCUAACUUCCCUGCUUGCGAAUAAUGAUACGUCAAAGUUUGCAUUUAAAGCCCUUGCGGGCAAGGGUUAUCAGACACUGCAAAGCUUAUUGUUGGAUUUCUUUCAAUGGAAACCUACCCAAAGGCUCUUAGACGCAUUACUUGAUAUGCUUGUUGAUGGAAAAUUUGACGAUAAAGGCAGUGCUCUUAUAAAGAAUGAAGAUGUUAUCAUACUUUACUUAAAUGUACUUCAGAAGAGCAGCGAGUCUUUGCAGUGUUAUGGGCUAAAUUUGUUUCAGCAACUCCUUAGGGAUUCCAUAUCGAAUCGUGCUUCAUGUGUUCGGGCGGGAAUGCUUCACCUGCUUCUUGAUUGGUUUUCUCUGGAAAAUGAUGAUAGUGUAAUCUUGAAAAUAACACAGCUAACUCAGACAAAUGGUGGCCACAGUAUUUCUGGGAAGGAUAUACGUAAGAUAUUUGCACUUCUUCGGAGUGAAAGAGUGGGGAAUCAACAGAGAUACCGCUCACUUUUAUUGGCUUGUUUGUUGUCAAUGCUGAAUGAGAAAGGACCAACAGGCUUUUUUGACAUGAACGGGGUUGAUUCUGGGAUUGUAAUCAGAACACCCGUUCAGUGGCCUGCAAAUAAGGGGUUUUCCUUUUGCUGUUGGCUUAGGGUAGAAAGCUUUCCUGGAGAUGGCAAAAUGGGUAUCUUCAGUUUUAUGUCAAAAAAUGGAAAGGGUUGCUUUGCUGCUAUUGGGAAGGAUGGGCUAUCGUAUGUUUCUCUGAAUCUGAAACGGCUAUGUGUAAAUGUGCAUACCAACUUGGUCUGUAAAAAAUGGCAUUUUAUUUGUGUAUCUCAUAGUAUUGGAAGAGCAUUUUGGGGUGGAAGCCUCUUGAGGUGUUAUGUUGAUGGGGAUCUUGUGUCAUCUGAAAGAUGCAGCUAUCCCAAAGUUACUGAUGUACUUACCAGCUGCUUAAUUGGUACAAGAAUCACCUUGCCACAAAUCCAAGAUAACGAUGGCCUGGAAUCGAUCCGAGAUGUUUUCCCGUUUUUUGGCCAAAUUGGACCUGUUUACUUGUUUAAUGAUUCCUUGUCUUCCGAGCAAGUUCAGGCCAUUUAUUCGCUAGGACCAAGCUAUAUGUAUGCAUUCUUGGAGAAUGAGAUGACUGGUCCCUUUUCUGAUAAUCCAUUUCCGAGUGGUAUUCUUGAUGGAAAAGAUGGGCUUGCAUCUAAGGUUUCCUUUGGACUGAAUGCACAGGCGAGCGAUGGUAGGAGAUUGUUUAAUGUGUCUCGGGUGUCAGAUCAUUUACAAGAAAGGCUCGCAUUUGAGGCCGAUAUUAUGGUUGGUACUCAGCUAUGCUCGCGGCGCUUGCUCCAGCAGAUUAUUUACUGUGUCGGAGGGAUAUCUGUUUUCUUUCCUUUGAUUACACAAUCUGAUAGAUGUGAAAGUGAAGCAUUUAAAGAGGAAAAUUCAGCUAUGCCGACAAAAGAGCGUAUGAUAGCUGAAGUUAUUGAACUUAUUGCGUCUGUCUUGGAUGAAAAUCCAGCAAAUCAGCAACAGAUGCAUCUUCUCUCUGGAUUCCCCAUACUAGGAUUUUUGUUACAGUCUAUUCAACCGAAGCAGCUCAAUCUAGAGACGCUUUCAUCCUUGACACACCUAUUCAACGUUAUUUCAAGUUCUGGGUUUGCUGAGCAGCUUGUGGAGGAUGCGAUAUCUAGCAUUUUCCUGAAUCCUCACAUUUGGCUCCAUGCGGCCUAUAAUGUGCAGCGUGAACUUUACAUGUUUCUCAUCCAACAGCUAGAUAAUGAUCCACGACUUCUGGGAAGCCUUUGUCGACUCCCAAGAGUUAUUGACAUAGUAUGGAACUUUUACUGGGAAUCUGAAAAAUACCUUAAAGGAAGCAAAACUCUUAUGCAUCCAGCUCGGACUAUUACAGAAAGACCAAGUAAAGAUGAAAUUCAUAAAAUUCGUCUCCUUUUGCUGAGCCUAGGUGAAAUGAGUCUGAGGCAGAAUAUCUCAUCAGGGGACGUGAAAGCUUUGACAGCAUUUUUUGAGACAUGCCAAGAUGUAGCAUGUAUCGAAGAUGUUCUGCAUAUGAUUAUCCGUGCCAUUUCACAAACAUCAAUCCUUGUUUCUUUUCUUGAACAAGUCAAUCUUAUCGGUGGAUGUCACAUUUUUGUCAAUCUUCUUCAGAGGGAUUACGAGCCUAUAAGGUUACUCGGCUUGCAGUUCCUUGGAAGGCUUCUUUAUGAUAUUCCUUCCGAGAAAAAAGGACCUAAGUUUUUCAAUCUUGCUGUUGGAAGAACUAAGUCUCUAUCACAAGGCCAUAAGAAAAUUGGUUCUAGAACGCAACCAAUUUUUUUGGCCAUGUCUGAUAGGUUGUUUCAAUAUCCUCAGACAGAUAACUUGCGUGCGACCUUGUUUGAUGUGCUUCUUGGGGGGGCCAGCCCAAAGCAGGUUUUGCAGAAACACAACCAGGUUGAUAAGCUGAAAGGCAAACCAAGCAGCUCUCACUUUUUUCUUCCACAAGUUUUUGUUUUUAUUUUCGAAUUCCUGUCCGGCUGCAAGGAUGGAUUAGCAAGAAUGAAAAUAAUCAGUGACAUACUCGAUCUUCUAGAUUCAAAUCCUAUGAAUGUUGAAGCUUUGAUGGAAUUUGGAUGGAGUGCAUGGUUAUUAGCGUCUGUGAAACUUGAUGUGAUAAAAGACUACAGAUCUGAGUUGAUUAAUCAUGAUGACUUGGCAUUAAAUGAGCAACAUUUUGUCAGAGGUCUCUUUUGUGUUGUUCUCUGCCACUAUAUUUUAUCUGUGAAGGGAGGUUGGCAGCAGCUAGAGGAAACUGUGAAUUUCAUACUCUUGCAGAGUGAGCAUAAUGAUGCCCCAUACCGGUCUUUUCUCCGCGAUCUCUAUGAGGACUUGAUUCAGCGUUUGGUGGAACUCUCAUCUGAAGAUAAUAUCUUCCUUUCGCACCCAUGUCGCGACAAUGUACUGUAUCUCUUGCGGCUCGUUGAUGAGAUGCUUGUCCGUGAAUUUGGCAGUAGGCUCCUGUUUCCAGCAGUUAGCACUGAAUUUUCAGAGGAUUUAUUACAACUUGGAAAUCGUGAAGACCACAGUUUGGGGCUAGACGAAAAUUUUCAACGAUUUUUGACGGAAGAAACCUCUAGAAACACAGAAAGUCAGCAGUCUUGCACCACAGUAACUGAACUUAUGACCAAUAAAAGAUGGUGGAAUUUGUAUGACAAUUUGUGGAGAAUAAUAUGUGAUAUUAAUGGAAGGGGUCCGGUAAAGAUAUCUCCCAAAUCUUCGGCUACUGGUCCCUCUAUUGGUAUGCUUCUCACACAUAGGAUUUACACGGGUUCUCCAGAGAUGUUCAUUGCUCGUAAUAGAGAAGCCCUAGAGAGCGAGUAUGUUAGUUCUCAUCUCCAUGAUUGGAUUGACUUGAUAUUUGGACACAAACAGCGUGGCAAACCAGCUGUGGAGGCAGCAAAUAUCUUUUACUACCUUACAUAUGAAGGUGCUGUCGACCCCGAAAAUAUGGAAGAUGAAUUGCAAAUAUCAGCAAUAGAAGAUCAGAUCGCUAAUUUUGGUCAAACUCCCAUCCAAAUUUUCCGGAAGAAACAUCCAAGAAGAGGGCCACCUAUUCCAAUUGCACAUCCGUUGUACUUUGCGCCUGCUUCCAUUAAUUUGACUUCUAUUCUUCCCGCUACAACUCAUCCCCCAUCAGCAGUUCUAUAUGUUGGUGUAGUGGAUUCAAAUAUAGUUCUCGUUAACCAAGGUCUAACUUUGUCAGUCAAGAUUUGGUUGACAACUCAACUACAUUCUGGCGGAAAUUUUACUUUUUCUAGCGCUCAGGAUCCAUUCUUUGGAGUUGGUUCUGAUGUUCUCUCUCCCCGUAACAUUGGAAGUCCCCUAGCAGACAAUGUUGAACUCGGAUCACAGUGCUUUGCCGCAAUGCAUGCACCACUGGAAAAUUUUCUGGUUUCAUGUGGAAACUGGGAGAACAGUUUUCACGUCAUAUCCUUGUCUGAUGGACGGGUAGUCCAGAGCAUCCGACAUCAUAAAGAUGUCGUAAGUUGUGUUGCAGUGACUGCUGAUUCGAGUAUCCUUGCUACUGGUAGCUAUGACACGACUGUGAUGGUGUGGGACGUUAUCCGCAUGAGAACACCUGAAAAGAGGGUCAGAAAUACGCAGGCAGACGUAAUGCGGAAAGAUAUUGUCCUCGCCGAUGCUCCUUCUCAUAUUCUUUGUGGUCAUGAUGAUAUCAUAACCUGCCUAUACGUCAGCACUGAUCUUGAUAUAGUCAUUAGUGGGUCAAAAGAUGGAACAUGUGUAUUCCACACAUUGCGGGAAGGAAGAUACAUAAGAUCUUUAAAACAUCCUUCAGGCAGUGCAGUGUCGAAGAUUGCUGCAUCGCACCAUGGACGAAUUGUUUUGUACGGUGAUGAUGAUCUUAGUCUGCACCUCUACUCCAUUAACGGAAAACAUCUGGCUAGCUCGGAGUCAAAUGGACGCAUCAACUGUCUUGAACUUAGUAAAUGUGGAGAGUUCUUGGUCAGUGCCGGUGACCAAGGACAAAUAGUUGUCCGGUCUAUGAACACACUUGAAGUAGUAAGAAGGUAUAAUGGAGCGGGAAAAAUAAUCACUUCUCUAACUGUAACUCAGGAAGAGUGUUUCUUAGCAGGGACAAAAGAUGGAGCCCUUCUUGUUUAUUCUAUCGAGAAUCCUCAACAUCGGAAACCGAGCCCAAUCUGGAGCACAAAAUCCUGAUUCUAUCUUGUGUAUGUAAAUUUAUGUCCGAUUAAUCCAUUGGUUAAGUAAUGGGGUUCUCGAUUUUGGGCUAAUCUUGUGUUCUGCAGAGAGGACAUGACAAUUUUCACUGCCUUGUAAAUGUGCAAUAUAUCUCAUCUUAAGCAGUUAAGAUGCAUAGACAAUAGAGAGAUGUUAAUUGAUGUAACAAUACUAUACUAGACAAUAGAGAUGUGGUUGAAGAGGUCAUACGAUUAGUAUACAAUACUCCAGGUUUAAAUCGAGAAUUUCCCAUUGUCAA